AUGCAGUCCUUCCAAAAACCUGAAAACGCGCUCAAGCGCGCGAACGAACUGCUCUCCGUUGGCCAGCAAGAUGCCGCGCUGAAAAUCCUACACGGCGCCAUCGGGCAUCGCCGCUUCAGGUCCCAGGGAUGGGACAGCGUGCAGGAGACGAUCAUGAUUCGCCACGUCCAGCUCUGCGUGGACGAAAACAAGCUGCGCCUGGCUCGCGACGGCCUCCACCAGUACCGCAUCAUCUCCCAGCAUGCAAACAUCCAGUCGCUCGGCAAGGUGAUCGCAGAGCUGCGCAGCCGCGCGGAGCAGAAGCUGUCGCAGGCGAAGGAGGCGGCGUCGGUGGUGCCUGCAUCCCCGAAGGAAGGCGAGGCGGUGCUGGCGGUGGGCGCGUCCGGGCUGGGCGACUUGGAUUUGAUCGCGGACUCGCCGGAGGACCUGCUGCUGUCGACUUUGCAGAUUGAAGUGCGGUCAGCGGAGGCGCGCGGCAUCCACCAGGCGCUGCGGAGCGUGUGGGACGUCUACAAGAUGAUCCUAGAUCUGCUGCGCACGACGCCGAAGCUGGAGCGCGUGUACCACGAGACGGCGCGCAAGGCGUUCCUGUUUUGCAAAGAGAAUCAGCGCCCGCAGGAGUUCAAGCGUCUCUGCGACGUGCUCCGCAGCCACUUUGCGCUGAUUCUGAAGAAUCGCCACAAGGAGGACUACGAGUCGCUCAUGCGGCCAGACUUGCACCUGGAGACCCGCAUGCAGCAACUCGUCGUCGCCUCGGACCUCGAGUUGUGGCGCGAGUGCUUCGCCACCGCGGAGGACCUCUACUCGCUCGGCCUGCACGACUACUUCUUCAAGACGCUGCGCACCGGCCAGGAUCUCUUCCACCGCAGCCGCGAAAAGCUCAUGCGCUGGCUCGCUAUCUACUACGAGAAACUGAGCCGCGUCACCUGGGUCGCGGAGAACUACCUGUUCCACGCCCUCGCGUGGAUCAAACUCCUCCUGCACGUCAAGGGAUUCAAGAAAAACGCCUCCCAGGAAGACCUCCAAGCCAUGGCCUCCGUCGCCGUCCUCGCCGUCCUCUCCAUCCCCAUCACCGGCGCUGAGAAGAAGCAAGGCGACGACGCCCUCACGAUGGGCGAAGGCACCCAGUUCGGCUCGCUGGAGCAGCAAAAGAAGCUCACGAUGCUCUUGGGACACUCGACGCUGCCGACGCGUGAGGGCCUGAAGGCGGUUCUCUACACCAAGGACCUCGUCUCUCUCGCAGAUGAAAACUGUCAGCAGCUCAUGUCGCUCAUCGAGAGCGAGUUCACUCCGCUCAAGCUCUGCUCUCUGUGCCAGCCGUUGUUGGACGCAGUGAGCCAGAACCCGCUGUUGGAGCCGUACGUGUAUCCCCUGAAGCGCGUGAUCUUCCACAAGCUGAUUUUCCAGCUGUCGCGGGUGUACGCGACGCUCUCGAUCAAGCACUUCACGACGCACAUCUGCACGUCGUCUUUCCUGCCCUGGUCGCAGGCGGAGAAGCUCUUCGUCGCUCUCGUUCAGCAGCACCAGGGUGCGGCCGCCGGCGGCGCGAUGGCUUUCGGCAGCGGAGCUGGCGGUGCGCACGCGGGCGCCAACGCUGGCGCCAUGAGUCUCUCCAUUCGCCUCGACUACGCCAGCAGCGCGAUCCUCUUCGAGACGCCUGACGCCGCCGCAGCCAACACGCUGCGCCACCAGCUGUGCAGCCUCGCCAAACAAAUCGAUAAGGCUGUGCACAUGAUUUGUCCCGGUCAGUCGAUGGAAGAACGCAUGGACCGGAAGCGCUUCCUGCAGGAGCUGCCUACGCGUCUCGAAGCGGAGACGAAGCGCAUGGCUGAGCGGACGCGGGCGACGCACUCGCGGCGCCUCGAGAAGCAGGAGGAGCAACAAAAGAUGGAAGAAGAGAGACGCAGAAAGGAGGCCGAGCAGCGCAGAGUCGAGGAGAAACAAGAGCGCGAGCGCCGCGAGGAGGCGACGCGCCGCCGCGAAGAGCGGCGCAUGCAGCAGGAGAAGAUCAAGCAGAGGAGCGAGACAGCUGCACAGAUGCUUGAAGAGAUCAAGAAGAUCGGCGGCAAGGCGUCCAGCACGAUUCUUAUUAAGGGCAAGCAGCUCGGCGACAUCAACAUCGACGACGUUCUCCAGGGCAAUGUCGACUACGACGAUCUCGAGAAGGCCCAAAUGGCGCAGCUCAACCAAGAGAGAAUCACUCGUCUGCGCCAGCGGCGCCAGAACUAUCGCCGCGUGUGUCACUUCAUUCGCGCGUGCCGCGAAGAGGAACUACCGCUGCUCAUCAGGUGGCAGGAGGAGCAGCUCGCUCGCGACACGCAGAUCCUCCUCGCCAUGCAGAAUCGACACGAAGAAGAGCACAAGGCUGCGUUUGAAGCUGCUUUGGAGGAGAAGCAGAUUUUCGAGGUGGUGAAGGGUGACAAGGAGUCGUGGGUGUCUGAGCGGCUCGCGGAGCGCCAGCAAGAGUUCGAGAAGCAGGCGGAGGAGCAACGCGCGCGCCUCGUGGCUGUCUUGCGGCAGGCGAAGCUGCAGCGCGCCCGCGCACGCAAGGAGGAACACGUCAAGAAGCUCAAGAUCGAGGCUGAGCGUAAGCGCAUGGAGGAGGAGCAGAAGAAGUACCUCGAGCAAAUGGAGAAGAAGAAGCAGGAAGAGGAAGCCAAGGCGAAGCGCCUCGCGGAGCAAGCUGAGAAGCAGAGACAGCGCGAACUGGAAAUCGAGGAGAAGCAGCGCCAGCUCGACCGCGAGGCGAGCUCGAUGAUGCGCAACGGCGCCUUCGCGGCGGCGGCGAGCCCGAAGGGCCCCCAGGGCGCGGCGCCGACCCCGGCGGCGGAGGCGUCUCCGGCGGCGGAGGCUGCGGACUCCUGGAGGCGCGGCGGCGACCGCGGCGCGGAGGCUGCGAGCCGGCGGCGGGCCCCCGGGGCGGGCGCGAGCGGCGGCGGGGCGAGCGGCCGCGACGAGGACUUUGAGCGAUGGCGCGAAGGCAAGCUCGCGAACGCCGCGCCGGAGGGCGACGCCGAGCGCGCCAGCGGACGCCCACGCAUCCGCGUCGCUUCCUCCGCGCUCUCUGAGCACCUCGCCGGAGGCCGCGGAGGCCCUGAGCGUCGCGAAGAAGCGCACAAGGCGCAUAACGGCGACGCCCGCCAGGAGGCGCCCGCGGAAGACGACGAAGGAUUCACCACCGUCUCCCGCGGCCGGCGCAAGAAGAAAGGGUGUCUCGGUGUUUUGCGUGUUUCUCAUCAGCAAGAAGUAGAUGUCCCCGCCGAGAGUCUCUUUGCCAGUGAGAGACGCGCGUCGAGCGAAAAGCGAACAUCUCGUGCUGAGGAGCGAGGCGAAAGCUGCCAGGUCCAGUCCGCGACAGCGACGGCGAGCGAAAGACGAAGUUGUCAGAAUAGCGCUUGUCCUCUCAUCCGCUCACGGCUACCGCAGCAAAAGCCGGUUGCGUUGCUGGGGUCUCUUUUCGCGAGAGACUUUAACGUCCUUCUCACGACGAGCGAAGGCUUGAAGGCCCCUGUCUCCUCCUCUCUCUGUCCCUCUCGGGGCACAGCAGAAUGA